AUGGCCGAGAGCAAGUGUCCCCAUCUCAACGUCGCUGGCGGCGGCACCCGAAACCGCGACUGGUGGCCCGAGUCGGUCAAGCUCAACGUUCUCCGCCAGAAGACACCAGUCACCAACCCUCUCGGCGAGGAGUUUGACUAUGUCGCCGCUUUCAAGACGCUCGACUACGAGGGCCUCAAGAAGGACCUUCAUGCCCUCAUGACAGACUCGCAGGACUGGUGGCCUGCCGACUUCAACCACUAUGGUGGUCUCUUCAUCAGAAUGGCCUGGCACAGUGCUGGCACCUACCGAGUAUUCGACGGUCGUGGCGGCGGUGGCGAGGCCCAGCAACGAUUUGCUCCUCUCAAUAGCUGGCCCGACAAUGUCAGCGUCGACAAGGCCAGGCGUCUCCUCUGGCCCAUCAAGCAAAAGUACGGCAACAAGAUCUCAUGGGCUGAUCUCCUCAUCCUCGCCGGCAACGUUGCCCUCGAGUCCAUGGGUUUCAAGACGUACGGCUUCGCUGGGGGUCGUGUCGAUGCUUGGGAAGCUGAUGAGUCCGUCUUCUGGGGUGGCGAGACCACCUGGUUGGGCAACGAUGCCCGUUAUCACGGCAACAAGGACGUCAAGCAGCGUGAUCUCGAGUCUCCUCUGGCCGCCGCCCACAUGGGUCUCAUUUAUGUCAACCCUGAGGGCCCCGACGGAAACCCCGACCCUGUUGCUUCUGCUCGCGACAUCCGCACCACCUUUGGUCGAAUGGCCAUGAACGACGAGGAGACGGUGGCUCUGAUUGCCGGAGGCCACUCCUUUGGCAAGACUCACGGUGCCGGCCCUGCCACCAACAUUGGCAAGGAGCCCGAUGGUGCCCCCAUUGAGCAGCAGGGUCUCGGCUGGAAGAGCACCUACGGCACUGGCAAGGGCCCCGACACCAUCACCAGCGGCCUCGAGGUCAUCUGGACCAAGACGCCCGUCCAGUGGAGCCACAACUACCUCGAGUACCUCUUCAAAUACGACUGGGAGCUUACCAAGAGCCCUGCUGGCGCCAACCAGUGGGUUGCCAAGACAAACGACGAGAUUAUUCCCGAUGCCUUCGAUGCCAACAAGAAGCACAAGCCCAGAAUGUUGACCACUGACUUGGCUUUGCGCUUCGACCCCGAGUACGAGAAGAUUUCUCGCCGCUUCCUCGAGAACCCCCAUGAGUUCGCCGAUGCCUUUGCCCGCGCCUGGUUCAAGCUCACCCACCGUGACAUGGGCCCCAAGUCUCGCUACGUCGGACCCGAGGUUCCCACUGAGGACCUCAUCUGGCAGGAUCCCAUUCCUCCUGUCAACCACGCCUUGAUUGAUGACAAGGAUGCUGCCGCCAUCAAGGAGGAGAUCCUCAAGACUGGCAUCGACGCUUCCAAGCUUGUCUCUACUGCCUGGGCUUCUGCCUCCACCUUCCGCGGCAGCGAUAAGCGCGGCGGUGCCAACGGUGCCCGCAUCCGUCUCUCGCCCCAGAAGGACUGGAAGGUCAACAACCCCGCUCAGCUAUCCCAGGUUCUGGGUGCCUUGGAGGACAUCCAGAAGCGAUUCAACCAGUCAGGCAAGAUCGUCUCUCUUGCAGACGUGAUCGUAUUGGCUGGUGCCGCCGGCGUCGAGAAGGCGGCGCGCGACGCUGGUGUCAACGUCACGGUGCCCUUCGUGCCCGGCCGCAACGAUGCUACCCAGGAGCAGACCGACGUGGAGUCUGUUGGGUACCUUGAGCCCCUGGCCGAUGGUUUCCGCAAUUACGCAAAGUCUCACGGCGCUGUCAAACAGGAACACCUGCUGGUCGACCGUGCCAACCUGCUCACUCUCUCGGCCCCUGAGCUAACGGUGCUCGUCGGUGGUCUGCGCGCCCUGAACACCAACUAUGACGGCUCUGCCCUUGGUGUCUUCACGUCUCGUCCUGGUGUCCUGAGCAACGACUUCUUUGUCAACCUCCUGGACAACAACACCGAGUGGAAGGCUUCGGGCGAAGACACGUUUGAAGGCGUCGACCGCAAGACUGGUGCCAAGAAGUGGAUCGCCUCCCGCAACGAUCUCAUCUUUGGCGCCCAUCCUGAGCUGCGCGCGGUUGCCGAGGUCUACGGCAGCUCCGAUGGUGGUCAGAAGUUUGUCAAGGACUUUGUCGCUGCUUGGGAUAAGGUGAUGAACCUGGACAGAUUCGACCUCAAGAAGGGAGCUCGCCUGUAG